AUGUGGCUGGGCCGGCGUUGGCAGCUGCUGGCGGCGCCGGGAGGGCGGCUCCUGCUGCUGCUGCUGUGCCUGCUGGUCGGGCUGAGGGCGCGGGGGGCGCUGGGCAGCGGGGAGUAUUGCCACGGCUGGCAAGAUGGGGCGUCGUGGCGGGAAGGUUUCCAGUGUCCGGAGCAUUUCGACGAGGGCGACGCCACCAUUUGCUGCGGCACCUGCGCGCUUCGCUACUGCUGCUCCCGCCCGGAGGUCCGCCUGGAUCAGGGCAUGUGCGACAACGACCGGCAACACGGCGGAGCCGAGCACGGUCGGCCGGACAAAGACAUGCCAGACAGCGCGGCAGUGCCUAUUUAUGUUCCAUUCCUUAUUGUGGGGUCGGUUUUCGUGGCAUUCAUUAUUCUGGGAUCCCUGGUGGCAGCUUGCUGUUGCCGGUGUCUGCGACCCAAGCAAGAACCACAACAGAGCCGGGCUCCUGGAGGGAAUAGGAUAAUGGAGACAAUCCCCAUGAUUCCAAGUGCCAGCACCUCCCGGGGAUCAUCCUCGCGUCAAUCAAGCACAGCUGCCAGCUCCAGUUCAAGUGCCAACUCUGGUGCCAGGGCUGCCCCCACCAGAUCACAAGCUAACUGCUGCUUACCAGAGGGGACCAUGAAUAAUGUAUAUGUCAACAUGCCAACUAAUUUCUCAGUACUGAACUGCCAACAGGCCACACAGAUAGUGCCUCACCAAGGGCAAUAUUUGCACCCCCAGUACGUGGGGUAUGCCGUGCAACAUGACUCCAUGCCCAUGGCUUCUGUCCCACCUUUCCUGGAUAGCCUGCAGAGCGGUUACAGGCCCGUUCAGUCACCAUAUCCCCACAGUAAUAGCGAACAGAAAAUGUAUCCUGCGGUGACUGUGUAACUCUAAGAAGGGACGGAAGCAAGAAAUCAAACCAGUUGCAAUGAUGCAUCAAACAAAGGUGUAGUAACAACAAACUGUACAAAGCAACAAUUCGUAAAUAAUUUUGGAAAACCUGUGCUUCAGACGGUGUCCAUUCCUGGCUUUCACUGGAUACAGUAACAAAAAACUGUAUGAAGGUACCUGGAAGUGGUAUUUCUAGGUCAUGCCUCCAUUCCAGUGUAUAACUUAUAAUGGCUAAGGAUUAUGCUGAAGGAGGCACUGAUAUUUCUGUUACCAAACUCGCAUAAGUAAGUGAUUAAAUGCCCCUCAGGUACUUCCUAGUCAGUGGUAUUUGCCUAGUGAAUAGAAGACAAUGUGACAAGACAAUAUUUUAGAAGUGUCUUGUUUUACCUUUUUGUCCUAGGUACAAUGACUCUUCAUAUUGCUGUACCGACAAUCAUACUUCACAGUAGUAGGCUAAAUGGUGCAAUGUUUAUUAUUAAUGUCAGUCCUAGGAACUUAUUGGUUAGCUCAGUGGUAAAAAUGUAGUCAUUCCACUGUAGGAAGUCCAUAUUCAUAUCCUGACAUCCUUCUUCCUCCUCCCUUCUCUUGAGUUCUGCAGCAGUUGAUUUGAGAGAUCUUCUGCUGGAGAAUCUGGAGAGCCAUAAAAACGGACAAAUAACAUGACUUCAUGUGGCAGCUUCAUAUGGUUUCUUUUCCUAGCCAUGUAACGUUUAUUUUCCAAUGGACUUGAAGUUUUGAUUUAUAGACUGGGAUUUAAGGAACUAAACCAGCCAUGCUCAUCCACAAACAAGGAAACUGGGAUUUAUUUCAUAACCUCCAAAUAGCAAGUCCUAAUUAGUCCAUAAAAGUUGCCUUUCAGAAUGUUCUCACUAAGCAGUCAGCCACUGUGACAUACCUCCUCAGGAGCAUGAAUAUAUCUGUGCAGUCCUUUGGAUUAU